AUGACAGAUCCUACCAAGAUCAGCAUCUUGGGUCAGGAGAGCAUUGUCGCUGAUUUUGGUCUGUGGCGCAACUACGUCGCAGCAGACCUGAUCACCGGCUUGCCCUCGACCACCUACGUUCUCAUCACCGAUACCAACCUCGAUUCCAUCUAUACUCCUAGUUUCCAAAAAGCCUUCGAAGCCGCCGCCGCCUCCGUCUCCCCCGCUCCCCGCCUUCUAGUCUACAAUGCCGCUCCCGGUGAAAGUUCAAAGUCCCGCCAGACCAAGGCCGACAUUGAAGAUUGGAUGCUGAGCCAGAGCCCUCCAUGUGGUCGUGAUGCUGUUAUCAUUGCGCUUGGUGGUGGUGUCAUUGGUGACCUGACUGGCUUCAUCGCCGCAACCUACAUGCGCGGUGUUCGCUUUGUCCAGGUCCCCACUACACUGCUUGCCAUGGUGGACUCCUCCAUUGGAGGCAAGACUGCGAUUGAUACCCCUCUUGGAAAGAAUUUGAUCGGUGCCAUUUGGCAGCCAUCAAGAAUCUACAUUGAUCUUGAAUUCUUGGAAACCCUCCCUGCUCGGGAGUUUAUUAACGGCAUGGCAGAGGUUAUUAAGACUGCCGCGAUCUCGAGCGAAGAGGAAUUCACUGCGCUGGAGGACAAUGCGGAUAUCAUUCUGAAUGCUGUCAAGAGCGAGUCUAAGCCUGGCCAGGGCCGUUUCGACGGUAUCCGGGAUAUCUUGAAGGCUAGAAUCUUGGCUUCUGCUCGUCACAAGGCCUUCGUUGUGUCCGCGGAUGAGCGUGAGGGUGGUCUCCGAAACCUGCUGAACUGGGGUCACUCCAUUGGCCACGCCAUUGAGGCCAUCCUGACUCCCCAGAUCCUCCACGGAGAAUGUGUUGCCAUUGGUAUGGUUAAGGAGGCUGAACUGGCCCGACACUUGGGAAUUCUGAAGGGCGUUGCGGUCGCUCGUAUCGUUAAGUGUAUUUCAGCCUACGGUCUGCCCACUUCAAUGAAGGAUUCUCGUGUGCGCAAACUGACUGCGGGUAAACACUGCUCUGUUGACCAAUUGGUGUUCAAUAUGGCACUUGACAAGAAGAACGACGGUCCCAAGAAGAAGGUUGUUCUGCUGUCUGCAAUUGGACGCACUCAUGAGCCUAGGGCUAGUGUCGUCUCAAAUCAAGACAUCCGCAUUGUCUUGGCUCCCAGCGUUGAAGUUCACCCUGGUGUGCCCAAGACCCUUAACGUGACUUGCACACCUCCCGGAUCCAAGUCCAUCUCAAAUCGCGCAUUGGUGCUUGCCGCACUCGGUUCGGGCACUUGCCGUGUCAAGAACCUUCUGCACUCCGACGACACUGAGGUCAUGUUGAAUGCCCUAGAGCGCCUAGGAGCUGCAACCUUCUCCUGGGAGGAGGAGGGUGAGGUCCUUGUUGUGAACGGCAAGGGCGGAAACAUUGUCGCCAGUCCAUCGGCCCUGUACCUGGGUAACGCUGGAACUGCUUCCAGAUUCCUGACCACUGUUGCUACUCUUGCUACGCCCAGCACUGUCGACGCGAGCAUCUUGACCGGUAACAACCGAAUGAAGCAAAGACCCAUUGGCGAUCUUGUCGAUGCUUUGACCGUCAACGGAGCCGGUGUGGAGUACAUGGAGCGCAAGGGUAGCUUGCCCCUCAAGAUUGCCGCUUCUGGUGGCUUUGCUGGCGGCAACAUUAACCUGGCCGCCAAGGUUUCUUCUCAGUAUGUCUCUUCACUGCUCAUGUGUGCCCCCUACGCCAAGGAGCCUGUGACCUUGAGGCUGGUUGGAGGCAAGCCCAUCUCCCAGCCCUACAUCGACAUGACCACCGCCAUGAUGCGAUCUUUCGGUAUCGAUGUGAAGAAGUCCACCACUGAGGAGCACACUUAUCACAUUCCCCAGGGUCACUACGUGAACCCUGCUGAGUACGUUGUUGAGAGCGAUGCUAGCUCCGCCACCUACCCGCUAGCAAUUGCAGCCAUCACAGGCACCAAGUGCACUGUUCCCAACAUUGGCUCCAAGUCGCUCCAGGGUGAUGCUCGCUUCGCAGUUGAGGUGCUCCGGCCCAUGGGUUGCGUGGUUGAGCAAAGCGACAACUCUACUACCGUCACUGGACCCAGCAGUGGCAUUCUCCGUCCCCUGCCCAACGUGGAUAUGGAACCCAUGACGGAUGCUUUCCUUACUGCCUCUGUUCUUGCUGCUGUCGCUCGGGGCGAGGGCUCAAAUCACACCACUCGUAUCUACGGAAUCGCAAACCAGCGUGUGAAGGAAUGCAACCGUAUCAAGGCCAUGAAGGAUGAAUUGGCCAAGUUCGGUGUGGUCUGCCGUGAACACGACGACGGUCUCGAAAUCGACGGCAUUGAGCGCUCCACUCUUCGUUUGCCCUCCGGUGGUGUCUACUGCUACGAUGACCACCGUGUCGCUUUCAGUUUCAGUGUUCUGUCCCUUGUUGCUCCUCAUUCCACUCUCAUCCUCGAGAAGGAAUGUGUUGGUAAGACUUGGCCUGCAUGGUGGGACGCUCUGAAGCAGAUCUGGGGUGUGAACCUUGAUGGAAAGGAGCUGACCGAGGAGGAACUGGCUACUUCGACCCAAGAAGAAAAGGCCAGUGCAUCCAUCUUCAUCAUCGGAAUGCGUGGUGCUGGUAAGACUACCACCGGCAGCUGGGUUGGCAAGGCCUUGGAUCGACCAUUUAUUGACCUUGACAACGAGCUUGAGGCGACAGAGGGAAUGACUAUUCCUGAGAUGAUCACACAGCGUGGUUGGCAAGGAUUCCGUGAUGCAGAGCUCGCUACACUCAAGCGUUGCAUGCAAGACCGACCAAAUGGUUAUGUGUUCGCUUGCGGUGGUGGUGUGGUAGAGAUGCCCGAGGCACGAAAGCUUUUGACUGAAUGGCACGAGAGCAAGGGCAACGUUCUUCUGGUCAUGCGCGAUAUCCAGCUCGUCAUGGACUUCUUGAAUAUUGAUAAGACCCGCCCCGCCUACGUGGAGGACAUGAUGGGCGUUUGGCUGCGUCGCAAGCCUUGGUUCCAGCAAUGCAGCAACAUCCAGUACUACAGCCAGCAUUCAAACCAAUCGGAACUUGCUUUGGCAUCGGAAGACUUUGACCGCUUCAUGAAGGUCAUCACCGGUCAAGUGAAUCAACUUGAUUCCAUUAAGAAGAAGGAGCACAGUUUCUUCGUCUCCUUGACACUGCCCGAUCUGACUCAAUGCAGUGAGAUUCUGACUGAGGCUUGCAUUGGUUCCGAUGCUGUCGAGCUGCGGGUUGAUUUGCUUAAGGACCCCAAGGCGGAUGGUGACAUUCCGUCCGUUGACUAUGUCAAUGAGCAAAUGUCCUUCCUCCGUAAGCGUGUUUCUCUGCCCCUCAUUUUCACCAUCCGCACUAAGAGCCAAGGUGGUCGCUUCCCCGAUGAUGCUCAUGACGCUGCCAUGCAACUGUACCGGCUGGCAUUCCGCUCCGGAGCUGAGUUUGUGGAUCUUGAGAUUGCCUUCCCUGAUGAGAUGCUCCGUGCUGUCACCGAGAUAAAGGGCCACUCCAAGAUCAUCGCAUCCCACCAUGACCCGCUAGGAAAGCUGUCAUGGGGCAACAUGUCUUGGAUCCCAUCUUACAACCGCGCUCUGGAGUACGGUGAUGUGAUCAAGCUUGUGGGUGUUGCCAACAGCCUCGAUGAUAACACUGCUCUGCGCAAGUUCAAGAACUGGGCGGCUCAGGCACACAACACCCCGUUGAUUGCCAUCAACAUGGGUGACAACGGUCAGCUUAGCCGCAUUCUGAAUGCCUUCAUGACCCCUGUCUCUCACCCGAGCCUGCCCUUCAAGGCGGCGCCCGGUCAACUGUCCGCAACUGAGAUUCGAAGGGGUCUCGCGUUGAUGGGUGAGAUCAAGGCGCAGAAGUACGCUGUCUGUGGCUCCCCCGUCGCCCAAUCGCGCUCGCCCGCUCUCCACAACACUCUGUUCUCCGAGGUUGGACUCCCUCACACCUAUGGUCGUAUUGAGACCACCAACGUGGAAGAUGUCAAGGAAUUCAUCCACGCUUCCGACUUUGGCGGUGCCUCCGUGACCAUCCCCCUUAAGCUCGACAUCAUGCCUCUCCUCGAUGAAAUCGCCCAGGAGGCCGAGAUCAUCGGUGCCGUCAACACCGUCGUUCCCGUGGAUAUCGCCGGUAAGCGCAAGCUCGUCGGCUACAACACCGACUGGCAGGGUAUGAUCCAGUCCCUCCGCAACGAGGGUGUCUACGGAUCAUCAGGCACCGAGAGUGCCGUGGUCGUUGGCGGUGGUGGUACUGCCCGCGCUGCCAUCUUCGCCCUUCACCACAUGGGCUACUCCCCGAUCUACGUGGUCGGUCGCACGGCCAGCAAGCUCGAGGGUAUGGUUUCGACUUUCCCGACCAGCUACAACAUUCGCGUCGUGGACAACCACGCACAGCUGGACACCAUUCCCCGGGUCGCUGUCGGCACUAUUCCCGCUGAUCGUCCCAUCGACCCCUCUAUGCACGAAACCCUCACUCACCUGUUCGAACGUGCCAAGACCGAAUCUACCAAUGACAAGUCCCCUCGUGUGCUCCUCGAGAUGGCCUACAAGCCUGCCGUGACAGCGCUGAUGCAGCUGGCUGCCGAUGCGGGCUGGAAGACCAUUCCCGGACUGGAGGUCCUUGUUGGUCAAGGCGUGCACCAGUUCGCCUACUGGACUGGUAUCAAGCCCCUGCACAACGUCGCCAGAGAUGCGGUCAUGGGCAUUAAGUCGGUCGAAUAG